GCAGUCCGCCUGCGCACGAGAGUUUAAGUUAGUCAGUAAAAUGGCGUCGGGGGCCAUUUCCAUGGCUAUGAAAAAAUUGUCAGAAUUAAGGGUCGUUGACCUUAAAUCCGAACUGAAACGAAGAUGUUUGGAUACGUCGGGUGUUAAGAGUGUGCUUCUCGCCAGGCUGAAACGGGCUAUUGGAAAUGAAGGAGACGACACUGGCAGCAUUGAAAUGCAGGUUUCUCCAGUAGGUACAUCUACUCGUAAAAGUGGAAAAGGCAAAGGAAGGAAAAUGGACUCGGACAUAGACACUACCACAGAAGAUGAACUGCCUUCCAAGGAAUCGGAGGGAUGUGACUCAGAAAGAGAUGUAACUGAUACAGAUGAUGGUACACACGGCAAAUGUAAGCCUGCACUCUGCGAGGACAUCACUCAGCCAGAGGCUGGGACGACGGCUGAGGUCGAACCAGACCCAGAGGCUGUGGUGGCUGAGGCGGAUGCCGAGCCAGAGGUGCAUGCUGAUAUAGAUGCCGAGCCAGAGGGGGUUGCAGAUGCUGAACAAGAGGCCAAAGCAGACUGUGAGCCACAGGCAGAUGAUGAGACUGAGCCCGACAGAGAGGCUGAUGUCAACGCAGAGGCUGAGCUUGACGCCGAGCCCCGCGUCGACGCAGACGUUGAGCCCGAUGUUGAAGGAGAACCUGAGGCUGACUUCGAUGGGGAGCCCGACCUUGAGUCUGAAGAAGAAAUGGCUGCUGAAGCUAUUAAUUCAUCUAAAGAAGCUGAGGAUGAUCACCUAUCUGUGUCGAUCCAAAAUGAAGAUGCCAUCACCUUGGAAGUUGAUGGCGAUGAUCUUCUGGACACAGGUAAACAUGUGAAACUUCCAGAUUCAGAGGCUGAAAAGGGUACCGAUGAGCCUGAGGCCUCUGCCGAGAUGAGCCCAGAUGAUAUGAAGAUGGAAGACAAAGAUGGUAAGAAAGAUGAUGAAUCGUGGGACGAGCACUCUAAGGACAGCAGAGAGGCCAUGAAGAAAGCAGAAGCGGGAGAUGAAGAAAAGGAUUCUGUGAAGAAAGGCCUCUCCUCUACAGGAGUAUCUGGUCAAGCAAAGAGCUCUUCACGAGACAGAGAUGGAAAAGCUGGAAAGGAUGAAAGCGCAGUUGGCGGCAGCGGCAGUAGCAUCAACAGCUCUUCUCUUAACGUUUGGGUGAGCGGCCUAUCCUUCAACACCAAAGCAGCGGAUCUGAAGAACCUGUUUGGCAAAUAUGGGAAAGUUUUAAGUGCCAAAGUGCUAACGAAUGCACGCAGCCCUGGUUCAAAGUGUUACGGCCUGGUGACGAUGUCUUCUAGCGCAGAGGUUUCACGGUGCAUUUCUCAGCUGGACUGCACUGAACUUGAUGGACAGGAAAUUUAUGUUGAAAAUGCCAAAAAUUACCCGUUUAAAAAAGAUUCUUCAAAGACUGAUAUGGAUGACAAAGCAGGUGGCAAGUCCAGUGAAAAGCGCUGUUCGACAGGGAUGAAGCUGUCCAAAUCACAGCCACUUCACAAGAAAGAAGACAAGAAAUCAGCGGAAAAGGACAAAGAUUCAUCAAAAGCUGCAAAAGGUGGCAAAUCUGAUUCUGGUUCUUCUAAUUCAGCCCAGGGUCCUUCAAAGAGAGAUGACAGAUCCAGUGGACGACCAAAGAGCCCAGGUGAUACAGUGGAUGUUGAUCAGACCAAAGGAAAGUCAAAUUUUGUGAAAAUGAGGCCUUUUAGAAAAACAAGGUAUUUUGAGAAGCUUCCUUCUUUUUCCCAGCCCUUUGUCAACAUGAAUGUUCAAAGGCGUCCCAAAUGGCUGAUUCCUCCUGAAGAGUUUGAAAAACAGCGGCCAUUUGCUAAGGUGGAAGGCUUUCUUCCAUUUAAGAAGAUAAUGGAGCAGAAGACACGUGACAGAAUGGAGCGUUAUCGUAGGGCCACAGAAAUACGCAGGCACCGUGAAAUUGCGGAACAGGUGCGCCGGGAACGAGAGUGUGAAGAGCGGGAGAACCUCUUCCGUGAGCGGCAGAGGCUGGAGAUGGAAAGACAAAAAUUGGAGAGGGAGCGCUUUGAGAGGGAAAAGCUUGAAAGAGAGAGAAUCCGCAUCGAGCAUGAGCGGCGUAAGGAGGCAGAACAAAUGGUCCGUGAACAGGAACUCAGACGGCAGCAGGAGCACCUCCGCUUUGAGCAAGAGAAAAGGAAUCUCAAAAGAGGUCGUGAUAUUGAACAGAGUCGGAGAGACAAUACGUUCUGGAACAGCAACAAGAAGAUUCCAUCAAAUGUGUCUGAUGGGCGUCCAAACCAGGGCCCUAACUUCAACCGGCAGCAGAAUCGCUUCUCCACCUUCAACCCGCGUGAAAAGGGUCGUUUCCCACAGGCGGGUGUCGAGCAGCCCAACACAUAUGACAGGCGUAACCAAUUCGAAGGGGAGCCAGAAGCCAAGAAGAGCCGCCCAUCCCCUCAGACAGCCGGCGCUGGCUUUGAUCGCUACCCCAAAAAUUUUGAAGUGGUUCGCAGGGCCGAGCAGUCUUCUUCACGCACUGAACUGCGCGACACUGACCGCAGGGAUCGAGAUGAGCGACGGCCCAUUCACAUGCACAAUCGCCCAGUGGGAAACAGAGUGUCCAGCAACAUGUCGCACCCCCGCUCUCCAAGGGAUGGAGGCCACGGCUGGAAGAAUGAAGCCAGUAUGAAUGCCAACAAAGGGGAUUUACGUGGACCCAUGCGAAUGCGUGCAGAACGCUCAGGCCGAGAUGGCCCUGGUACCUCACUCAGAGGAGGUUCCUCCGUCAGCCGAGGGAGGGGUUCUUUUAAUGAACGGGAUGGGGGAAGACCGAUGGUGAUGAAUGAUCAGCCUUUUAACUCAGGCCGCCAGGUGGUGGUGGAGCGUCACAACAGGGAGCAAGCCAUGAGGAAGGAGUGGAACGGAGGCUCGGCUUCCCAAGGCGGAAGCUUCUCGAACAGCCGCAGGAUAAGCAAUAGCCGGGGAAGCAUGAUGUCAUCUUCUGGUCACUCCUCUGGGAUGAGUCGGAUAGUACAAAUCACCAGCAGCUCUGUUUCCAGUGGUGGCAACACAGGCGGGUUUAAGUCCUUCAAGACCUCUCGACCGUUCUAACGUCAACCAAGUCCUGCCACUUAAAAACAAUUCAAACUGUGGACAAAGCUUCCUUUUUUAGAAUAACAAAUAGCUUUUAGGUGGCACAACAAUGCUUUCCCAGUUUUAUUUUGUAUAAAAUGUUAAUUGUAAACUACUUUUUGCCAUUUUUGCUGUCUGACCAACCAGUCAACAGAUUUGUGUGCAAGUUAACUGUAUUUCAGAGCAUAUUGUACAGACAGUGUUGGUGUCACAUUCUCAACCCCAUUUCUCCCGCAGUUGUCACACAAUAUAUAGUAAAUACCUUUUUUUUUUAAACUUGUUUUUUUAUUUUUCAAUUGAAUGAAGGCAGUCAUGUGUACAAUGGUAAUUUUACACUCUGUAGCACAUCAAUGAAUGUUUUAUAUAAAAACCUGGAAUUUAAAGCUGUAACAUAGAUGCCUGCAUUACCUUUCAUACUUAGUUGGACUCGAGCAUCCAAAAUAAAACAUUUCAUGUUA